AAAUGUGUCAUUACCAUAGGUCAUUACGGAGUAGAAGGGAAAAAAACUGGCGCAAUGCAUUAUGGGGCAGCAGAGUCUAAGCUAGGCUAAGUUAGCACAACAGCUAAUAUCUCAGACCGCUAGUUCGCCUUGCUUUGCUUGGAACUGGUUGUUUGGUAUUUGGAGACUGGAAGGUAAAGAUGGACAAAUACCGGAAAAGAAGCGUGGUGUGGAGCUAUUUUAAAGAUAUAGACGCCAGCUCGGUGCAGUGUCUGCUCUGUUCUCGUCAUUUACGCAGGAAGGAUCAUGGCUCCACUACCCCGAUGCUCAGACAUCUGCGCCUCAAACAUUCCGCUCAAAUCACUCUAGAUGCUGAAGGUGGAGGAGGCCAAAUGAGUCAGAGCGUGGAGUUAGACAGCGAUCAGACCUUCUCUGUGGUAGUGGAAUUGGAGAAAGAGGACUCUCACAUUAACCCCCAAACUCUGAAUGACUCUCAAGUCCACCCCGAUGUUGGCAGCAACCUGGAAGCGGCAGAAGAAGCUCCAGCUGAAAAGUUAGCCUACAGAGAAGCGAGUGUCAACUCUUCGUUGGGGAAUACACGCAGGCGCAGUUUGAUCUGGAGGCUUUUUGAACACUUGGAGAGUUUGAAAGCUGCUCGUUGCCGCAUAUGCAUGAAGAAGUUGCAUGAAAGUGGCGGCAUCAGCAACCUUCGUCGACACCUGAUGAAAAGACACCCGAAGGUGCUCUCGGAGCUGCUAGCGAGCAGCCAUCACCGUCCUGCUGCACUUUUAAAACAGCCGGACCUCUCUGAGACUCGUGGGGCUUUUUUGGAAACAGAGGAUGAAGAGGAACCAGUGAAAGUGAUUCUGGUGGAUGGUAAUUCUGAGAUUAUUGGGGAACUGACUCAAGCUGAAAAUCCAACCAUAAACGGCCCCCUGCAAACUUUGGGAGAAGAUUCAGCUCAGAAGACAACAAACACAGAGGCUUCAGAGGCAACUUGUGUGACGGGUGAAAUCUCAUGGGACAAUAAUCUGAAAUGGGUAACAGUUGCGACGCAGGAUGGCAGCUCUGACGUUACGACCCCAUCAAACGAAGCUGACUGCAGCCCUGCUACAAAUGGCCAGCUGGACACUGUGCAAGAAGGUUCAACGCAACAAACGACAAAUUCAGAUAAAAGUACGGACCAAGCAGUGAAAUCCACGCGCAGGCGGAGUUUGAUUUGGAAGCACUUUGUAAGACUGGAGAGUUUGGAGGCAGCUCAGUGUCGCAUUUGUUUGAAGAAGCUUCAGUGUUUUGAGAGCGGCUGCACUAGCAACCUGCACCGCCACAUGCUAAAGAGGCAUCCAAAGGUAUGCAUUAAGACCAAAUCCAGCCAGCAGCUGCACCCCUCGCAGCACUCGGAUGCUAACAACGAAACAAGUGUGGACUCAUCAGUGACGCGGCAUGAACAGACGUCAGAUGGAUUAAAAGUUGCAGUGGAAUCUGAAGUGGGAAGCAGAGUUUUUAUGCGAGAGAGGGAGUUGAUUGAAGCUCUAAGGAGAACGCAGAGGGAGGAGUCUCGGACUCUGGAGCAUCAGAGGGAGCUGCUGGAGAAGCUGCGAUCAGCCAGCGCUCGAGAGGCGUCGGCAGAUCGGGAGAAGAUCGAGGCGCUGCGGAAAGCACAGCAGGAGGAAGCCGAUGAGUUAAGAAGACAGCGUGAAGAGCUGGAGAAGGAAAAGGCAGAGCUUCAGAGGAAGUGGGAUGAGCUUAACCAGGAAAGAGUGGAGCUUUUGUUGCUCUCCAGAGACAAGAAAGACUCCUGAAGAAUGUGUUUUAUGAAGUCAUUCAUACUUAUUUUCAAUUUUUCUGAAAGUAUUUUGAAAAUAAUUAGAAUUUUACAGAAAAUCUGUCCACAUUUGAUUAAUUUUGUUAGAUACUACGUGGUUCUGUCAUCGGAUGUGAAAAAUGAGCUCUAUCGGGUUCUUUUUGCCAAAAUAAAAUUCUAUCCUGUCAGAAGCUUUACUACCAGUUUGGCCAUUUUUGUUGAAAUAAGCUUUUUUUUUCUUGCAAAAAUGUGUUUUAUUGAAGGGUAGCUUGUUCUCGUUACCCUGAAGAUAAACAAGGUCUAAAAUGUAAGUCAGUAAGAUUUGUCCACUGAGUAGAUAACCUAGAGAAGACGGAGGACAGAGACUUCUCUGGUUAGGUCUUCUAAUCCUGUUUACUGAAAUAUUGUUUUUGUAAAGGCUACUAUUAUUUCAGAGGUGAGUUGAGUGUUACAAACACUAAUAUGAGUAUUGGUGGGUGAAUAAAACCAAAAGGAAGUGGCAAUGAUCAGCAAUAAGAACAUCAAGACAAUUUUCUUCCUCAGGAAAAUUCCCUUUUAAUGUGUUUCCAAUAAAAAUGAGUUUCUCUGUGGAUUUAACUUCUCGCUGAGUUCUGAUCACAUCUUUUCUUGUAUUUUGAGGGGUUUUAUUCAUGCCAACAGCGAGGCCAAGGUGCUUUUGUGUUUUGUUCUUGAUUUUCUGAGUUGUAUGUUUUCAAAUAAACUCGUUGCUGUAAUGAGUCAAACUUCA